AAAUAUAAUUAUAAUUUAUAAAUCAAUAAUGGCAUCAAACAGUAAUGGUGCGUGCACACUAUAAGUAAAGUAAGACAGAGAGAGGAGAGAGAAAGAGGUUUUUGAGCUCUGAGAAACGAUGAGAAUGAAGGUGUUUGUGAUAGCCGCACUUGCUUUUGUGUCUCUAGUUUCCGUCAUUGAUGGAUCUGAGCAUGAGGCUCAGCUAUCUGAGUUUGUAAACGAUGCUUUAUUCUCAUCAGUUUCAAGCAAGCAGCCUUCCCAGCCACAACCUCUCAUGGUGCCCAUUACUGUUAUCAAUGGAGCUGCUGCCAAAGGAGCUGUAUGUUUGGAUGGAACAUCGCCUGCCUAUCACUUUCAUCCUGGAUCCGGAUCAGGAGCCAAUAGUUGGCUCAUUCACUUAGAGGGAGGAGGAUGGUGUAAUACCAUCAGAAAUUGUGUUUUUAGGAAGACGACUCGGCGUGGUUCCUUUAAAUUCAUGGAAAAGACACUGCCAUUCACGGGGAUAUUGAGCAAUAAACCUGAAGAAAACCCUGAUUUCUUUAACUGGAACAGAGUUAAAAUUCGUUACUGUGAUGGAGCAUCUUUCGCCGGAGACAGUCAAAAUGAGGCUAAUCAGCUUCAAUUUCGAGGACAAAAAAUAUGGCUAGCUGCAAUCGAGGAAUUAAUGUCCAAAGGAAUGCAAAAAGCCAACCAGGCACUUUUGUCUGGAUGCUCUGCAGGUGGUCUGGCAUCUAUAAUACAUUGUGAUGAAUUCGGAAGCAUGUUUCCAAAAUCUACCAAAGUGAAAUGUUUGAGUGAUGCAGGAUUUUUUCUUGAUGCAGUUGAUGUGUCUGGGGGGCACACACUGAGGAAUAUGUUUGGAGGUGUAGUUACAUUACAGGAAGUACAAAAAAACUUACCAAAAAGUUGUCUCAACCAACUGGAUCCAACUUCGUGCUUCUUUCCUCAAAACUUGAUCCAGCAUGUUCAAACUCCAUUGUUUCUUCUCAAUGCAGCUUAUGAUGCAUGGCAGGUGCAAGAAAGUCUAGCCCCCCAUUCAGCAGAUCCAAGUGGUUCUUGGAAUGAUUGUAAAGCAAAUCAUGCAAGGUGUAACUCAUCUCAAAUACAGUUCUUCCAAGACUUCAGAAAUCAACUGCUAAAUGAUGUGAAAGACUUCUCAAAGUCAUCUCCAACUGGAUUGUUCAUAAAUUCUUGUUUUGCUCAUUGCCAGUCUGAGAGACAAGAUACAUGGUUUGCUGAUGACUCUCCGCUUAUUAACGACAUGCCUGUGGCGAUUGCUGUUGGAGACUGGUUUUUUGAUCGAAAAACUAUCAAAGCUAUUGAUUGUGCUUAUCCCUGUGACACAACCUGCCAUAAUCUGGUCUUCAAUGUUGGUAGAUCUACCGUGGUUGGCUCCCAGUAUAUAAGUGAAAGUGAUGACACAUCCACCACCACCACCAUGAUAUAUUCCUCUCAGUCCUCCAGGUUGACUUUUCCUGCUCUAUACCUACUAAGUGCUUUGUUUCCCACUUCCAUGUUCCUACUGCACCUUAGAAUAGAAGUACUAUCAAGAUUCUUUAGCCAUUCCACAUAAUUGGGAAGGUUUGUUUGUCCAUGCUUCAAUCAGCACCAACUAUUAACUGUAUCUGUAACUGUAUUAUUAGUAGGCACUAGGGACUAACAUAAGCAUGCUCUGAAAAUUUAUAACUUGGAUGGGCCUCUGUAGCAGGCCGGGGAAAGAUUUACCAAAUUGGGCUCAAUAUCUGUACCUGCUUAGAGUCAUCUGUUCUAUUAAUAUUGACCAAAAUUGUAUCUUGGGAUUCUUGGCUCA